GAGAUCUGACGCGACUGCUUGCCAGUCAAGUUGAGUACAGCCUCUGUUUUCCCCGCAGCAAGAUUUGGGAGCAACGAUGCUUUGAUGCAUUCUUCAACUGUGGCAGUCGCAACUCUGACAACUUUGCUGAGCAGUUCAGACGCGCUAUCUGCGACGACGAGGAGAGCGAGAUCAUCCAUCCAAGUCACAUCUAUGGGACGUGUGAUGUCUUGGCUGUCAGCAGGGUCAACACCAGGCGCAGCUCGGAGCCAAGAAUCGUGCCACGGCAACCGGACACUGACUUCCUCGGCCUCGAAUGUCGUCCGCAGGCGUUGGAGGAUGCUUGCGAAAAGAAAGGAAAACAAAAGGUCAGCAAGAUUGUCCCCUGGGCGUGUCCAGCUGGACGCGCCGGCUUGGCGAAUACGCGACUCAUUUUGGACAUAUGCAGUGAGAUGUGGGAGCACACUUUUGUCAAGUCCAAGGGCAUCAAGGAUACUGUUGAGAUGCCGCUGUCCAACAUGACCACCAUGGACAAGCGGACGAGCUACCCUGUGGAAAGCUUCACGCAAGUCAACAAAUAUCAACGCAGAUGCACCAUGCACAGCCUUGCCUACUGCAGAACUGACGAGUAUGGCACGAAAAGAAUCGCAUUGGGUGGACGGGCCUUUACGUUUCCAGAUCUGGUGAAAGGCUUGGGCGAGGCGAUCAAAGAUGUGCGUGGCAAAAAGGUCAUAGUGAGUAUGAACAUCAACAGACCAAGGACCAAAUGCAACCGAAAGAUAGGCGCUGGAGUCAAGAGCAACAGCGAAAUGAUCGACACCUUGUUGUCCAAAAUCAACAUCAAGCAGAACCCAGGCGAGGCCCAUGUGAAAGAGGGGCCGGUGUGGCAGCAGGAAUAUGUGGACGGCGCCCACAAUUGA